AUGGUAGACUCCCAUACCAAGGCGGCUCUGUAUUAUAUCCGGGAAGAUCUCCUCGAGUUGACGCUUGUCUCUCUAUUCUACGGAAUAUAUUUUGUACUGUGGGUACAGGCGACGUAUCUACUGAUCCUCCUCAUUACCUGGACGAAGCGCCUUCUGUUGCUCGCCACCUUCGUUAUGUUCGUCUCAGCGACAGCCUCGUGGAUAGAGGUCAUCAUAGAUAUCCUACUCGAUCUCCUGCACCGAACUCAUCCGGAGAAUACAAGGCCAUCGUCACUGACUAGAAAGCACAACGAACUGGUGACGGCAAAUGAUGUCUUUGUUCGAGUCGUCUACGUCCUCUCCGACGCUACGGUCGUCCAACGUGCUUGGGCGCUAUGGCCACAGAACCGAAACGUCAAGAUACUGCUCUCUGGCUGCAUCCUGGCCACGAUUGCUGGAUCAGCGGUUGACCUUGCUCUAGAUCUGAAGAAUCGUUGGGAUGGGAGGGCUCUCGUUCUGAGGGGCCAAUCAGUCGUCUUCACGCGAGCGCUAAUCAUGGCAGUCCCGACGCUUUUGACGAACCUUUGUCCGACUACCUUGAUUGCAAUCAAAGCCUGGGGACACCGCGCUUUUAUUCGAAAGAAUCUGUCAGAAGCGCGGUCGGGGACGGGCCUAGCAGAGCGGAUUCUCGUACUUCUCGUGGAGUGUGGCGUCCUCUAUUGUAUAACCUGGGUCAUGUACAUCCUCACAACAGCCGACCUCUUCCCGGGCACAGUCAAUAAAGUCCUUUCAAGGCUAUUGAUUCUCCUGGCUUUCACUUACAGCAGCGUUAGCUUCAAGCCUGCUUCAGAGUGUACCCAGCCCGAAGACGGUCAUGAGAUGGGUAGUGGUUCACUCGAAUGA